AGGUUUGGUGGCGCUUGACGUUUUGCAAGAGCUAUCUAGCGCUUGGAAAAUUACAAAUUUUUCGAAUUAUAUCCAGUAUUUAGUUUGUAUAUUGCUCUAGUUUUGAAUGUUCAAAACGUAAUUUCUAGAUUGAAGUUUGUUUGUCCUGGAAGGGGCAUUUAGUUUGAAAUGCCAACAGCCAGUGCCGCAUCAUGGGUGAAGUUUUUCACUAAUGCAGGGAUUCCGUCCCAGGCCGCAGCCGGAUAUGCGCAUGUUUUUGUCGAAAAUCGUAUUCAAAUGGACAUGUUGACGGAUCUCAAUAAGGAGUACCUGCGGGAAAUGGGUAUCACUACAAUGGGCGAUAUCAUAGCGAUCCUUCGUCACUCAAAGUUUGUCAACGAGCAGAGUGCCCGAGAUAAGGUACUGUCCUCACCGGGGGAAGGAGACCACGGGGGCAAUAAUGCUAACACAUCUGUACCGGUUGCAGCAGUACCGGCCACACAGAGUUCUGCACCGAAAUCGGUUGUUUCCCGUCCAAGUUCCGCAGUAUCGCUACCGAGCAAAUCGCGGCGAGUGUUCCCAGAGCACAGAAUUACACUGCCUGGGGAAGGGAGAGAUACCAGUAGCGGACGAACGGUGAAUGAAGUACCACAGAAGAAAGCGCCCCUCGUAUCGGCCGUCGGCAAUUUUGGUAAGAAAUCGGGCGGUUUUCAAAAGUUUUCCCUCGAUUCUUAUAACGAUGAUGAUGUUUGUUUCGAUGAUGAUGACAUCUGCGAACCAACAUCGAAAAUUGCCUCCAAAGUAACCCUUAAGAGUAUGGAAUCAUGGGGAAAAGGUUCGUCAAGCUCGAUAUUUUCCCGGCUUGGUGGAAAAAGUAAACGGAGCAUUCUGGACGGACCUGCUGGAAUUCUUAAGAAUUCACCGGUCAAGCCGAUAAACAUGGAACGAAAAAUCACUACCAGCACGAAUAAUGUAAUACUAGUGAAAAAGAUUCCCGCCAAAGCUAUUAACGUUUCCGAUGAUGAAGAGCUUAGGGAAUCUCAACAUAGCCGCCGAAAUGAUUACGAACGCAUGGAAACAAACGAAGCGCAAAAGUCGGUAUCUUUUUCUGAAGAGGAUGAAAUUCUAGAAAUUGAUCCCCGUCCACCAAAUAGACCCUUUAUUAAAGCCGGACCUCGAUUGAGAUUCCACGAGCGGGAAGUACCUGUUCGUGCCCGUCUCGGUAAUUCGCCAAAUCGAAAACAGCAGCUAUCGCCACUGCGCGGCCCGAAGAAAACAGUCCCAAUGAAACCUCCAAGAUCGCCAGUCGGCAACGUGACCACACUAUCCCCGUCGUCCCUUGUGCGAUCAAAAAUGAAGUCCGAUGCGAUGCUGCUGCAAAGGGAAACACCGAUCAAGCAUAGAUUGAACUUGGGCAAACAUAUUGCUCCGCAACAAGGUAGGGAUAUGCCAGUACAGACCCAGCGUAGCGGCGGUCGAUUUGAUUUGGACUCGAGAAUGGCAAAGUUGAAACUGAAGAGACCGGGUUUACCGGUGAACAGGUAUCCGACAAAAACGUCGACCGGGAGUUCCACCACAGCAAGUGUUUUCGAUCGAUUGGGUUACAAUAGGAAGUGAGACAACAGUUUUGUGAACUUCGAUCUUACAUUUGAUGGGCUAAACUUACCGGUAAACAAUUGAUUUUUGAACGUGAAAUUGAGGUUUAAAUAUGAUGCGAAAGUUCUGAUCAAAGGCUCUUUCGCAAUGCGUUGAAGAUAAACAGCAAAAAAAUAUACAUAAUUAUACUCUUAUAAAUCGAAUAAA